AUGGAUAUUGAUGAACAAGUGGCCAUAUUUCUUCACAUUAUUGCACAUAAUGUGAAGAAUCGAGUCAUGAUAGGUCGUUUCCAGCAUUCUGGAGAAACAAUUAGCAUAAUUGUUUCACGAGUUUGCAAUGCGGAGAUAAGGUUGCAUCCACAUUUGCUUAAGAAACCCGAACCUGUUACAGAAAACUCUACAGAUCAAAGAUGGAAGUGGUUCAAGAACUGUUUAGGAGCUUUAGAUGGAACACACAUAAAGUGCUUAGUGCCACUUAAAGAUAAGCCUAAGUACAGGACAAGAAAAAAUGAUAUUGCCACAAAUGUCCUAGGGGUGUGUUCACAAGAUAUGCAAUUUAUCUAUGUUUUUCCGGGAUGGGAGGGCUCAGCUACGGAUGGUAGAGUGCUUCAAGAUGCCUUACUUAGGCCACAUGGAUUGAAGGUCCCAAGGCCGUGUUAUUAUUUGGUAGAUGUUGGUUAUACAAAUGGUGAAGGACACCAACCAACUACACCUAAAGAAUUAUUCAACAUGAGGCAUUCAUCUGCAAGAAAUGUUAUAGAAAGAUGUUUUGGUAUUUUAAAGGCAAGAUGGGGAAUUUUAAGGGACAACUCAUAUUAUCCUAUUGAUCUAAAAAAUAAGAUCAUAAUGGCAUGUUGUCUUCUUCAUAAUUAUAUAAGGCAGGAAAUGACAACUGAUCCAUUUGAGAACCACUUUGAACUAGACGAGGGAACCGGAGAUGUCAGUGGUGGAGAUUAUGAUAAUAUCACUUCUAUUGGUGUAUCAACCGAGUGGACCACAUUCACAAACAACUUAGCGCAAAAUAUUUUUGAUUCUUGGAAUACUACACAAUGA